AUGGAAAACUUAAAUUUAAUGCUGUGGAAUGACAUUAUUAACGAGGAUGUUGAGGAAGCGGUGGCAGAAUUGGCUAUUAGAAGAGAUGUUUUGCCCCAGACAAAUGCAUUUCAAGUAUCUGUAUCUGAUAGAAAAUUUUUGCAGUUAUUUAGAGUAGAUAAGCACCUCUGUCAUGACAUAAUUAAUAUGGUCAACCCUUUCUUAGAACCUCUGCUCUAUCCAUACAAACCAAGGUACUUGCUGCUCUCAGGUUUUAUGCUUCAGGCAGUUAUCAGGAACUUACUGGCUCGAACAGUUUUGUCGCCUUUAGCCAAGCUUCAGCUAGUCGAGGUGAAUGAUGUCAAGAAUGCAUUAAACCAACCUGAAAUUCUAAAUAAUUUUUCUGCAAUAUCAUUGGUCGAACAAACCGGCAACGCUGUUCCCCGAUUUUGCUCCCUCCCUGAUACACCUCGGUACGUUCGAGGUUUCAAGAAUUCGGUGUUUUUCUGUCGGGGAGCUCAAAUGAGGGAACGCUCCUCGGGAGCUCCCAGGGAUAGCUCCCUUCUCUUGCUUUCAAGAAUAGACGUCCGGAUCUUUUAG